CCCCCGUGUACCAGCCUUUAACAGGGCUGUCGGGGCAAGUGCUGUUGGGCGAGCACACGUGAAGGCUGUUCGGAACGGCACGCGAGAGGGAGUGGAGUGGCCAGCGCAACGCCCCACGGACCGCCUUUUUGUCCCCACAGUGGCGAUGUUUGCGCACCGCCCCCAGGUACUCUCUCAAGGCCGAGUCGACCUCGGGGAAGGUCCGGCGCUGGUUCGACCCCGUGGUGAGAGGGAAUCGAACCCAGGUGGCCAGGGGCGCAGGCGGUGCGAUGGCGUCAGCCCUGGCGGGACGCGCGCACAGCCACAUGCAGAGCCCCCUGCUGCAGGUGUGGCUGGGCCCGCCCUGCGACAGCGACCUGCAGCAGGCGAGUAGGGCGGCCGCCGCCUCUGCCGCCGCUGCCGCCGUCGCGACCGCGGCGAGGAGGGGCGACGUCGAUGACUCCUCGCACUCGAGCGGCGUGUGGAAGACCUACCCCCUGCGCAAGCGGUUCUCGGCCUUCCGCUUGGCCGGAGCGUCGUCUGAUGCGCCCAAGGGCGAUGGCGGGCUCGUGCCCUCGCCGCCGCGACCCCCACCGCCUUCCUACCAGCAGCACCAGCAGCUGCAGCUGCAGCAGCGCGAGCGUGCGGAGGAGGGCGACGGCGGCUCGUUGCGCGCGACGAGAGACUGCGGUGCCAAGGGGUUGAGCGCCGCCGACGUGGCGCCCAGGAAGCGCAAGGCGGCCGUCGCGCUCUUCGCGUGCGGCCCCCCGCGCGGGGCAGCGCGCAGGAGCCACAAGCGGCGAGGGGCUCCCAGCUCGGACGACGAUGAUGACGACGACUACGAGGAGGAGGAGGACGGCUAUGACGUCGGCGGCUGGGCCGCCCGCCUGCCGGGCGUCCGUCGCCGCGCUCACGGCGGCCACGGCCAGCAGCAGCACGAGCCGAACCACCGGUGGCGCGGUUUGCGGGAGGCGCCCGACGACGGGCAGCCGGUGAGGAAGCGCCGGGUGGCCAGCCUGAACGCGGAGGCGCUGGUGAACCUGCUGCUGGAGCGUGACGACGACGACCUGGCGCUGGCCGCUCCGUGCGCUCCGCAGCCUGCGCCGCCGGUGCCCGAGAGGCAUCGAGCGACAGCCAGCGGCGGCGGUGGUAGUGGAGUGCAGCAGCGGCAGCAGCAGCAACAACAGCAGCAGCAGCCGAGGGGCAGCAGCACGCUGGUGAACAGACGCAGCCCGUGCUUGGCAGCGUCGGCCGGGCCGGGCCAGGACUGCUCUCUAGCGCAGGGCUCCAUGCUGUCCGAGACGGACGCGGCCUCCCUGCACCCGCCCGCCUCCGCCGUCGCCGGCGGUGCCCCGGGAGUGGAGCGGGCGGAGGCCGAGGCGUUCGCCAACUCGCGCGCCGACGCCUGCAAGUGCCCCUUAGCCGCGAUCCGGGACUGCAGGCGGCCUCCCGUGGUCGUCUCCGCCACGCCGCCCAUUCUGUCGGUGGCGUCGGCGGCGGCGUCGGGAGCCGUGCUGCAGAGCAAGUCCGGGGGCGAAGGUGUCCUGGCGGCGCAGGGCGUGGGCUACCAGCAGACGCCCGGGACGCUGCCGCAGGUGCCGUGGAGCCCCCCGGCCGAGCCCCUGGACUGCCGGCGUAUCGCGCCGCCGCCCCCCUCCUUCUCCGUCCCGUACUCGGGAUGCUUCCUGACCGGCGUCGGCUUCCAGCCGUCGGUAACGGCGGGCGGCGUGGACUUCGUACCGGCGACCUCGUCGGCGUCGUCGUCGGCGGUAGACGACGACGUCCCGCUGGACCUGUCGACGAAGCGGCCGGGCGCCGACCGGUCGCGCGCGGCCGACAAGCGCCCGCCGUACGAUCUCGGGCCCGGGGCGCGGCCGCUCAGGACGGGGAUGACCCUGGAGCCGGCGCCGACCUCCCGGCGCAAUCGCACGCACCCCUCCCUGCUGGGCCCCCGCUUGUUCGCGUCUCGGCUUGCGGUGGUGCCGCCGCCGCAGCCGCCCCGGCUACGGCCACAGCAGCCGCGGGCACCCCACGGCUUUGCGGACGCGAUGACCCCUUCCAUGGCCUACGGCGGAAGGAACCUGAGCUACACGGGAACGUACUUCUUUGGGCCCGGAUCAAGCCCCCCGCUGCUUCCCUGCCAUCGCCAAGGGCACGAGCCUACGUGGAACGCGGAGCCAGGUUCCGGCUGCUAUGGAUCUCGAUGGGAUGAGCAGCCUCCCCCGCCGAAAAUUCCAAAGCUCGACCUCGACCGGAUCCCCUCCACCUCCACUUCAUCGUCGUCAUCGUCCCCGCAGCUCCCGCCCGACACGCUCCACCGAGACUCGACGACGACACCGUGCCUCCAACCUCCGCCGCCGCCUCCGCCACCGAGCAACCACCACCAGCAGGACCAUCACUGCGACGUCAACGACAACAACCGCCGCCACCACCACAGCGACCGCCACAGUCCCAGCGACAGCCACGGGCACAAGCACAAGCACAGCCACGGGAACCACCACAAAGAUGACGGCCAGAGCCGCCGUCGAGACUCGUCCUGCGAGCCGAGCUCCGUCCCGGCCGACCCCGCGCCCCCCUGCGUGCCGGACGGCCGCGCGGAGAGGCGCGGCGCGACCGGACGCUUCUGCCGCUCGCUGAGCUUGGGAGCGGCCUGCGGGCCUCCCGGCGAGCGGCCCCUGAGGCUGGAGGAGCGGCCCUCCCCGCCGUCGUCCGGCGACGGGACGGCGCGCCGCAACGAGCGGCCGCCACUGCCCAAGAUCGUCAUCAAGAAGUGGGCGCUGGCUUGCGGCGGCGCGGGCGUCGCCGACGACGGCUCGACGCCGAGGACGCCGCGCACGCCGCAGCUCACGUCGCCGGCGGCGGAGGGGAACGUGGGCCGCAGGCUCCGGGUCGGGCAGCGGCGUGCCACCGGCAGCGGCAGCAAGUGGUUCCCCGUGGGCAAGGCGUUCGAGAAGGCCGUCUACGUGGUGGGCGAGGCGGAGUUGGCGGUGCGCCGCUGCUUCUCAGCGGUGCGCUGCGCGGGUCUCGUGGUGCGCGUGCGCGACUGCGUGCUCCUGCGCUCCGGAGCUCGCCGUCGAUCGCUGCCCUUCGUCGCCAAAAUCUCCGCCCUCUGGGAGGAUCCGCGGUCCGGUGAGCUGACCAUGAGCCUCUUCUGGUACUACCGGCCAGAGCACACUCAAGGGGGAAGGCCUGCGUACAAGCACUGCCAGCAAAGCGAGAUCUUUGCGUCGAGGCAUCAGGACGUGAACAGCGUGGCGUGCAUCGAGGAGAAGUGCUACGUCCUAACCUUCGCCGAGUACUGCAGAUUCUGGGCGGACAUCGAGCGUCGUCGCGAGGGCCUCGCCACCGGCGCUCCGACAACGGAGGCCUCCGGCACCGGUGGUCUCCUCCUGCCGACGCCGCCGCCGACCGUUCCGCCGCACCCGGCGGGCUGCUCGGCGCCCCUCCACCGCCGCGUGCCCCCGGACACCGACCCCGAGCUCGUGUUCCUGAGCCGGGCCGUUUACGACUUCCGCCACCACCGCCUUCUCAAGAACCCCUUCCGCCCGGCGCUCAGCCCCGUGCCGCGCUGACUCGGGCCGCGCCGACGGCUCGUUUCCCCGACCCGGCGUCGUUGUCCGUCGCUGCCGUAUGGGACGUUUACCAGUCGAUGAGAAAUGGGGGCCACGUCGCUUGCACUAUUUUUGUUUCGUGUUCUUCGUCGGGUCGAUUUAUAUAUAUAUAUUUCCCCCCCACCCCACCCCGAGGCCCACGUGGCGGUCGGCACGCCGUCCGUGCCGCACGGAGUUCGAUUCGCUGCCACGGCCAAUAUCGGUGGUGCGGAGAUGCGAUCCGAAACCGGCCCCCGAGCUUCGCCUCGUUUGGCCAACUCGCACCGCCCCCACCUACCCCCCCCCCCCCCCCACGUGCAAUGCGGCGUGGGGGGGGUAGGUCGAGGCGGGGGGGGGGUCCUUCCUCCAGAAAUGGAUUGAGAAAGGACCGAACAAAUUAAAUUAAAUGCCGUGUGCGUGCGCGCGCUUGCAGGGUGCGUGGCUCUGAUUUUGACGGGGUCCGCGCUGUCCGAUUCGUUGACCGUGCUGGCCCAGGGCCCAGGCUGCUGGCAUCGCGUUGUGCCACUCGCGCUGCGUGGGGGGCUGUGGG